CCGGCCGUUGGACCCUCCGGCGGCAUGGCGGGGCUGAGGAGGCGAGGCGCCGGCGACAAGGAUGUAGUUUUGGGUGAAAAGUGUGGCGAUCUAGAUCUCAGAAAUGUUUCAGAUAUUCCAGCUGUGCCCCCAUCAACAGACAGCACUCCAGAAAUUCUCAAGAAAGCUCUGUCCGGCUUGUCUUCCAGAUGGAAAAACUGGUGGAUUCGUGGAAUUUUAACAUUGGCUAUGAUAUCAUUAUUUUUCCUGAUCAUAUAUCUUGGAUCAUUUAUGCUGAUGCUGCUUGUCUUGAGCAUUCAAGUAAAGUGUUUCCAUGAAAUCAUUACUAUAGGCUAUAGAGUCUAUCAUUCCUAUGAAUUACCGUGGUUUAGAACCUUAAGCUGGUACUUUUUGUUGUGUGUGAACUAUUUUUUCUAUGGAGAGACAGUGGCAGAUUACUUCGCUACGUUUGUUCAGAGAAGAGAACAACUUCAAUUCCUAAUUCGCUACCACAGGUUUAUAUCUUUUACACUCUACUUGACAGGUUUCUGCAUGUUUGUACUGAGCUUAGUGAAGAGACAUUAUCGUCUGCAGUUCUACAUGUUCGCAUGGACUCAUGUCACUUUGCUGAUCACUGUAACUCAGUCUCAUCUUGUCAUCCAAAAUCUGUUUGAAGGCAUGAUCUGGUUUCUGGUUCCAAUCUCAAGUGUUAUCUGCAAUGAUAUUACUGCUUACAUUUUUGGAUUCUUCUUUGGGAGAACUCCAUUAAUUAAGCUGUCUCCUAAAAAGACCUGGGAAGGGUUCAUUGGAGGUUUCUUUUCCACUGUUGCAUUUGGAUUUAUUUUUGCCUACCUUUUGGCUCAGUAUGAGUAUUUUGUAUGUCCAGUGGAAUACAAUAGUGAAACAAACAGAUUUGUUACAGAGUGUGCACCGUCAGAGCUCUUCCAGAUACAGAACUACUCUGUACCUCCAUUUCUGCAGGAUGUGUUGGGAAGGGAAACAGUGAAUAUGUACCCCUUCCAGAUGCACAGCAUUGCUUUGUCAACAUUUGCAUCUUUAAUUGGGCCAUUUGGAGGCUUUUUUGCUAGUGGAUUCAAAAGAGCUUUCAAAAUCAAGGAUUUUGCAGACACUAUUCCUGGCCAUGGCGGAAUAAUGGAUCGCUUUGAUUGUCAGUACUUGAUGGCUACUUUUGUUCAUGUGUAUAUCACCAGUUUCAUAAGGGGUCCAAAUCCCAGCAAAUUACUGCAACAACUGUUGGUACUUCAGCCAGAACAGCAACUAAAUGUAUACAAAACCCUGAAAUCUCAUCUAACUGAAAAAGGGAUCCUUCAGCCACCACUGAGGGGAUAGUUGGACUGAAUGGACUUAAAAAAACAAAAACAAAAAAACCCUGCCAGAAAAGCACUGAAAAAAAACAAGUCACAACUUUGCAUAAUAAUCGUGGUUGAACAAGAAGUAGAUAGUAGUUUUGAACACAUGAAUGUUUCCUGAAACUACUGUGAAUAUUUAAUAAGAUAUAUAUAAAAUUUAAGUUGCUUGUAAAAUAACUGUUUGUUUAACGUAUGUUUUAGUUUCUGAAGUUGAUGGUGUGAGCGCUCCUUCGGUAUCCAGCCUGACAGGUUAAAUAGUUUUUAAAAUAACUAUUCCUUUUCAGCAGUUUUAUGUCACAAUAACUAAACUGAGGAAAUGUGAAGACUGUACUGGCACUGUGCAAUUUAUAAAGCAACUUUUAAUGUAGCUUAUCAGUACAGUUGUUGCUUUUAAUUCGUUUUAUAAUACUAUAUAUCUUAGCAAUAAAUCUGUCAUACUUAGUCUCAAAUGGUUAUUGAAGUAUAACCAAACUGCAGUAAAGUGAUGUUGAUUUAUCUACUGUGCAAUUGAUUACAUCACUUGCCAGAAAGUAGUCUGCCUUGAGAGCUGCUCAGAAAAUUGAGGCUGGAAUUUAGAAUAGAAUAUAUCAGGGUUACUGCUGGAUUUGUACCAUUACUGUUUUACUGAAAAUGACUAAGGUUAGCCAAGUUUCUAGUUAAUGGCUUUGAAAAAAUUCUCCAAUGAAAUCAGUGGAUCCUUGCAAGAUAAAGACACUUUUACUGUUGAGGUGCCUGGGCAAUAGUAUCCUCUUUUGGAAGAAUCCUUCUGGAUUACAAACACAAAUUCAUGCAUCCAGAACUAGAGUGGAGAUUAACUAACAGAUAGGGUUCUCCAGUCCAGCAAAUGGACAUCAACAAUCCUAG